CAUUGGUCAGUGUAGCCCCGCCUCCUGCAGGUGUAUCACUACGGAGUCCAGCUGACGUUCGGGACUCCUUGCAGUGACUCUAGCUGAGAUGCUUGACCAGGUCGUCUGCCUCGCCGCUGUCACCACCAUGGGGGUCCUUGAGCAAGCCUACUUCUCGCUGCAGGUGAUCUACGCCAGGAGGAAGUUCUCUGUCUCCCCUCCUUCUACAUCUGGACCGCCACAGUUUGAAAGGGUCUUCAGAGCUCAAGUCAAUUGCUCAGAGUAUUUUCCCAUCUUCAUCGCCACCUUGUGGACAUCUGGAGUAUUCUUCAACCAAGGUGUGUCUUCAGUAUGCGGCGUGCUCUAUCUGUACGCACGCCUACGUUACUUUAAAGGUUACUCCCAGUCGCCGCAGGAACGGUUGGCGCCGCUCUACUUGAGCGCUCGUCUUCUUUGGCUGCUCAUCGCCUUCUCCUGCGUUGGUAUCUUUUUGUGCUUCUGGCGGAUGUACGCGGACGGGGACCUACUGCAGCUGCUCGGCGCCUGACGGCUCACCUACAACAAAUAAAAGUUGAAUCUUGUGAACUCUCAGGAAGCUUGUUUUUUUUGGAAUAAUAUUAAUAAUAGACCCAAUCAACAUGUGACCAUGCAAAAGAAAAACAAUCACAAACUGUCAUAACAUUUGUUUGGAGCAAAAAAACAAGACUUUGGACUUGUCUACGUGAUGGAUAUAUCGGCUCCAAUGACCUUGUGCUGACUCCUGUACUGCUAUCUCACGUGUGGAAUUUGUCAUGUGUCUAUUUUUGUCCUGUGUGCAGCAGUUGUUUGCAGCAUCCCUUCAAACUUUCCAUGUGACAGCAGCUGCUUCCUUUCUUUGUGUAAUGUCAUCCACACAGGCACCGCCCCACCACACAGCCACCCAAUCCGUGUUGAGUGCAUCAGAAAUACCGUACAUAAAUACACUGCAGACAAAUUAGGCACCAAAAACAAUAAUUGUGAUUUCUUUCUGGUGCCUAACUGUUUCCCAAGUAUAUUAGUGCGUGUGUGAAUUGUAUACACUUAUACAAUUGAAAAUCUGAAAUUAACUACAGUUUAUUUUUUAGAAAGACGCUUUAUGAAAGUAAGUAGAUUUACUUGUAUUCACUUAUAGCCCAGCUUUGACCCAUCCAAUAUGGCGGCGACUUUGACGUACGGGUCACCGUUCGAUGCGGCACCUGUCUGUUUUUGUUUUUGUUAGUUAUUUAUUUACAACGAUUUAAAACAUUCUUUCACUCGGGGACUUGCCUGGGGUACUCGUUAUUUCAGAGAUAAAUGAAACAUGCAAGAGUGUACAGAAACUUCCAACAAGUUUGCGGCGUAGCUUGUGUCAGAAUUAUGCUAACUUGAAAUUGCAACCCAGCAUCUCUACUGCGCAUGUCAAUGUCUGAACCGCCGUUGCAUUUACUGAUCGCGGGAAAGUAUACUGAGCUGAAAAUUAGUGCGUAAAGACAUCACUAUGAAUUGGACCCAUUGUGAUUUCUUUAUGCACUAAUUUGUGUGAAAUUACAAGACGUCACGUUCAGUCUCUUAAUUUUAAAUGUGAAUAAGUUUAAGUUCAAGUCAAUCGACAGCAUGAUGUGUCUUUACAGAAUCUUCAUAUUCUGAAUGUUUAUAGACAGUAUAUAUGUACGGUACAAGACACACAUAUAACAUUUCUGUCUUGUACUCUUGCAAACUUCUUAUCGUAUGUUUGUUUCUUUUAGAACGUCUUUUCAACGUUGGAAGUCUCUGGGCGAUCAUGAAGCUGAAGUUGUCGAAGUGUCCCUGAACAAUUCAGCGGCUCGAGCCAGGCGGGAGGAAUGGUGAUGGAAAUUUUGGCUCUUUUUAGAGAGCCGGUUAUUUUGUCUCGGCUAAAUUAAUUUAUUACCAAAUUAUUUGCAUUGUGUAAAAUUAAUUUCUAUUGUAAAAGUACAUGAUAUUAAAUGCUUAUUAUUUCAUUUGAUUAAUUUAAAUUUUCUACAAAAUAUGAUAUAAUGUUACAUUAUAAAAUACAGAAGGAAAGACACAUCUUAAUAAACACAUUAGGUCAAAUCUCUUCAUGCAUAUUUCUUACGAACGAAUCGGCUCUAAGCACCACUGCAUUUUUAGCCCCGCCCCUCCCUCCCCCUGCUCAGUGUGGACACAGAGACGCCGCAACACAUCUUGACCAAAGACAUUCGCCUUCAAUAGAAAAAAACGAGGAAAAAAACUGGCUCCCAACGGCGCGAACCGGCUCCUGUCGUUCAUUUGAAAGAGCCGGCUCUUACAGCCGAUCCGUUCGCGAACGACACAUCACUAUUGAGGAACUUUUGUUGUCACGAUUGUUUGAUUGUUGGCAACUUUUCAGCUGAGGACGCAGAGGAAACAAACACGACACAAGAAAAGAAGCCGUCGAGCGCAGCCUGAGAGGAGCGGCUUUACGGCGGAGGAGAAGGCAUGGGCUGCGGCCACAGCAAG